AUGAGUUCCUCCAAACCUUCACCGCAGGCUCAGAUCUUCCCGGGGAAAGGACUGGGAUUUAUAAGCAUGUUGACUCUCGGAGCCUCCCUUCACAAUGUCCUAAGCCGCGUCAAGGCCCAUCCCCAGAUAUACCCCGCUAUUGAUAUUGCCUAUUCCUCCUCGGAGCCCCUUCACAAACCGGUAACUUUGCAACUUCCAUCAAGCGGUCUGCGUCUGCGGUUCGACGGACCCGACCAGCGGCUUCGUUUAAUCGAAGUCCUGGACUUUUCCAAGAUUACACUUGUUUAUAAGAAUCAGGAGGUGCUGAAAGGCGCAAAGCCGCAGGAGCAGUCUGUGGCACAGCAGGGUCCUAACUUUCGCCAUGUCUACAACCGUCUCUUCGGGCCUUCCUAUCCUGGGGAGUAUAUUCCUCCCGAUAGUCCUCAAUCACCGUAUGGCACGUAUGUGCUAUCGUAUCCUGGAGUCGCAUUCUCUUUUCCGCUCCAGAACUCAGCAUGGUCCGAUCAAUGUGACUUUGUAGCAUUGCUUUCCUCUUCGGCAGCCUUACCGGCAACGUCUAUGGCCAUUUUCCAAGGCCCCUCGUGGCCUGAAUCUCGAAACAAACUGUUUACCCAGCAGCCGCAGUUUCCACGCUCGCCCGCUUUGGCAAGUAAGAGCAGGGAAUCGGUCUCGGACGAGAUUGAAGAGUUUCUCGUCUUUGGCGCCGGCAAGAUCGAAGUAGUCCGAAGGUCGACUCCAUCUGCACAGAUCAUGCUGUCUGAAACCUCUCCGCAGGACCUAGUCGCGGAGUUCGGGCCGCCGGAUGCCAUCUACCGUAAACAUGAUCGGAGAAUAGCUAUCCAUCGCGCCGCCGGUCGUAGCGGUGGAGAGGACCCUCUUCACAUGGGUCCAUCUCCAGGGAGAGGGAUAAAUGUUACUGACAUCGACCAAUCUUCAACUAACAGUGUUACUGAUGACUCAGACGACGAACUCUUCCAGCCAAGCGCAUUGGAUCCUUCGUCGCUACCAACCGAGUGCUUUUUCAACUACUUCCACCACGGUUUUGAUGCGUUCAUCUCCUAUCCGACCAUGCCUGGCCCUGCCUUCCCGGGGUCCGAUCAGAAAGAUCCUACCCCACCUUCACCUUCUUCGCAGCUAGUGGUCACCAAAAUCAUUUUACAUGGAAACGUGCCGGGGUCGUAUCCUUUCAAUCGUCACCGCCGCAGCCGAUGGAAAAUGAUAUUCAAUCCACCUGAUGAUAUUGUUACCUCGGAGACUCGCUACGAAGAGGUUUCAGAGCGCCUCAGGUCAGUUUGGAAGGGGUCUUAUGCGAGCGCGGCGGAAGAGCGGGCUCUGCAACGGCCCAUGGUUUUGAACCGAGGGUGGGGUGACAGCCCAGAGAGCAGCGUCGAGUUCCUCGGCGGAUGGGAAGAGAGCACGGGCAAAGGACAAAGAACGGGCCACGACGCCCAUGACGGCGGACUGGGUAACACGGAGCUUUUCGGAUUCCCCGGCCUGUUGUUCGAAGUGAUGAAGAAUGGGGCGGUAAGCUGCUUGACUGUCGGUAGUAUGCCGGACCUGCCACUGAAGCUCGCUCGGUCCUGGUCGUCGACGCUCAAGCUCCCCAAAUCGACGUUUCCCGCACGCGUGACGCCGGCCGAUCAGACAAAAUACUUGCAGCGAUGCACCGACGACCUUUACGCCUGGCAACAACGUCAGAGACCGGCCAGCCGGCCAUUUGUCUUGCAUGAUGGACCACCAUACGCAAACGGAGAACUUCACAUUGGACAUGCUCUCAACAAAAUUCUAAAGGACAUCGUCUGUCGCGUGCAACUGGGCUUGGGAAAGAGGGUACGAUACGUGCCGGGAUGGGAUUGUCAUGGCCUGCCAAUUGAGCUCAAGGCUCUCGAGGCGCAAAAGGAACUACACCAGGAAAAUGGACCUGUUAGCGCAGCUUUGAUACGGAAGGCUGCACGGAAACUGGCAGAGCGGACAGCCAAGGCGCAGAUGAAGGGGUUCCGGAGCUUUGCGGUCAUGGCUGAUUGGGAAAAUCAUUGGAAAACACUGGACAAGGCUUUCGAAAAGAGACAACUUGGUGUCUUUCGUGAAAUGGUCGAUAAAGGAUUAAUCUAUCGGAGGUUCAAACCGGUCUACUGGUCACCGUCCACCGGCACCGCGCUGGCGGAGGCAGAGCUAGAGUACAAGGAAGAUCAUGUUUCAACCGCCGCCUUAGUGAAAUACCCUCUUGCUAGCAUCCCGGAACAUCUGGCACAAGAUCCUUUGCUCAAGGAUAAGGAAAUCAACGCUGUUAUCUGGACCACUACCCCCUGGACUCUCCCGGCAAACGCAGCCAUCUCAGUUCAUCCAUCUUUGGAAUACGCGAUCGUCGACUCGGAUACGCAGGGCUAUCUUCUCAUUGCGCAAUCUCGACUGGAGUAUCUUGAGGCUAUUCUGAAGGAGGAUCUGUCGGUCAUUGUACCGGCUAUUCCUGGCUCGAAGCUGGCUGAUCAAACCAAGUACCGACCCCUGUUCAAGGGACCUGAUGCGGAGCCACAGCCCAUCAUUGCUGCGGAUUUUGUCACUGCUGAUUCUGGAUCAGGUCUUGUUCAUUGCGCUCCAGGCCAUGGUAUGGAGGACUACGAGGCUUGUCUAUCUCGAGGGAUUCCCGCCUUCGCUCCUGUGGACGAUCACGGCAGAUUCACCGACAAAGCCAUGCCUAGUGACCCGAAGAGACUAAGUGGAAAGAGCGUCUUGGAUGAUGGAAAUGCCGCAGUUCUCGAGUACGUCGAAUCGCAAGGUCAACUGAUAACAAAGCACCGGUACGAGCACAAGUAUCCCUACGACUGGAGGUCCAAGCUUCCCAUUAUCAUCCGAGCUACGGAGCAGUGGUUCGCCGACGUGGCCGAUAUCCGUAGCAGCGCCAUGGCUGCGCUAGAAGAUGUCAACUUUGUACCGGCCACUGGGAGACAAAGACUGGAGAACUUCGUCAAGAACCGUAGUGAAUGGUGUAUCUCGCGCCAACGCGCCUGGGGUGUGCCUAUCCCUGCGCUUUACCACCGCGGCACAGGCGAUGCUUUGCUUACGAAGGACAGUGUGUCACAUAUCAUGAGUGUAAUCGAGGAGCGCGGCAUUGACGCAUGGUGGACUGAUGAGGCCAACGACCAGGCUUGGAUCCCGUCAUCUCUGCGAGAUGCAUCGGGCCCUGGUUACAGACGAGGAACCGACACCAUGGAUGUAUGGUUUGACAGCGGCACCAGCUGGACUGAGAUUGACAUCCCUUACCGUGACGGUGGUUAUCCUGCCGACGUCUACCUUGAGGGCACAGAUCAACACCGUGGAUGGUUCCAGUCUGGACUUCUCACCUUUGUCUCCCACCAGCUCGCUUCCGGACAGACCACUUCCCCUCGCGCGCCGUUCAAAAACCUUAUCACUCAUGGUUUCACUCUGGAUGAAGAAGGUCGCAAGAUGAGCAAGUCGAUCGGAAACGUGAUGCACCCACAGUCGAUCAUGGAUGGAACCCUCCUACCCCCCCUCAAGCCAAGAAAGGGUAAGGGAAAGAAGCAGGCCGAAAACCAGGCACCAGUCUACGAUGCGCUCGGUCCGGACGCUCUCCGGAUGUGGGUUGCAAGCAGUGACUACACGCGGGAUGUUGUGAUUGGGAAACAAGUACUUCAGACCGUCAACACCAGCCUGCACAAGUACCGUGUGACCUUCAAGCUGUUGCUAGGUGCUUUGUCAGACUUCCAGCCACAGGAUCAUCUUCCAUAUGAUCAGCUCCAGCAAGUUGACCGUAUCGCACUGAAGCAUCUGUCUGAGACGGUCUUGACCUGCCAGAAGGCGUGCGAGAAUUUCGAGUUCUACAAGGCCGUGAAUGCGAUCAACCGCUGGGCCAACCUCGAGUUCUCUGCAUUCUACAUGGAGGCCAUCAAGGAUCGGCUCUACACAUAUGCUGAGAACAGCACCAGUAGACGUGCUGCACAGACGACGUUGUUCCAUAUUUACCACCACCUUCAAGAGGUGUUGGCUCCGAUCACCCCAAUGAUUGUGGAAGAGACGUGGGAGCACACCCCUGAGGCCAUCAAAGCGCAUUGCGAACAUCCUCUGAGACGAAUCGCUUCUGCGCCAGCCUCCGAAUGGCAGGAUCAAGGUCUGGAAGCGGACUACCAGGAUAUUGUAGCAGUCAACUCGGUUGUCAAGACCAUCCAGGAAAAGGCCCGGGGUCAGAAGCAGAUGGGCUCUUCCCUGCAGUCAUUUGUCCACAUCGUUCUUCCGGAGGGUGCUACGCCUGACUCGGUCUUCCAGCGCAACCUCUCCGAGCUCCCUGAUGUAUUUGUUGUCUCGUCGGUCAGCCUCGGGGCGCACGAGAAGUCGAUCCCGGAAAACAUCAGCACCGCGGAGUGGCAGUACAGCGAGGAGUACGAGCUUCCGAACGGAGGGAAAGGCACUGUACAUGUGUAUACCCCGCAGGCGGGCAAGUGUCCGCGCUGCUGGCGGUAUGUUGUGCCCGAGCCAGAGGCCACGGAAGAGAAGGUGUGUGGUCGCUGCGAGGAGGUUGUGCAGGAGCUGGAUGCUUCGGCCUGAGUGGACUAGGUUCUUGGUCGCAUGUUUUGCAUGUAUAUUAUAAUAAUAGGAACUGUUAAUGACAGGU